ACAUUGUGUAUUGGGUAAUUUGAAGCUGUGUAAAAUUGUGAUUGUUAAUUAAAUUAUUUCCCCGUUUAAUUCAUUUUGAUUAUGAAUAAUUAUUACUGUUGUGUUCUUCAUUGCUGUUCCUGGACAAAAAAAACCUAACAAAACUUACUGACUUUUCAAUUAUCUGCGUUUCUAUAGAAUAUACAUGUGAAACCAUGUUCUGUCCUGACAGUGACGUCUGUCAAAAUGACAUUAAUGACGUUAUACAUUAUUAGAAGGUUAUGAAGAUUAACAGAUAAUUUUAAUAGAAAAGAAACACCAGGGACGUAGUCGGCUUUAUAUAAGUUCACAUUUUAUAAGAUUUUUCUUCAAUUUCUGUAAUUUUCCAAGCAAAAUGCUCCCGAGUUGUUUUAGGAAUAUUUAUAAAAAUAGUGUUUUGCCCAAAGUAAGUUAAUAUUGAUUUAAUUUGCCUGACGUUUUCAGAUUAACGGAAGGGUGCUCACAAGGUUAAAUUGAAGUCAUUUUGCCCUGCUAAUAAUUGGAUUCUAAUAAAUCAGAAAUGGCUAAACGAUUGGCAAAUUUAGUAAAUAAAACGUUCGGAGGAGCAUUUUCGAAAAAUAACUUCGCUACAGAGGCAACAUUUGAGACAAAACCUUACCGUUUACAUAAAUUAGACACAUCUCCUUCAACCACUGUAACAAUCAAUAGAGAAGAUGCAAUCAAAUUUUAUACACAAAUGAACACAAUUAGAAGAAUAGAAACUGCAGCAGGGAACCUUUAUAAAGACAAAAUCAUCAGGGGUUUUUGUCAUUUAUAUUCGGGACAGGAAGCUGUAGCUGUGGGAAUAAAAGCAGCUCUACGUCCACAUGAUGGUGUAAUUACAGCAUACAGAGCACAUGGUUGGUCCUAUAUUAUGGGUGUUUCACCAUUAGGGGUCUUAGCUGAACUUUGUGGACGACAAAAAGGUUGUGCUAAAGGCAAGGGAGGAUCUAUGCACAUGUACUCUGAUAAUUUCUACGGUGGAAAUGGAAUUGUAGGAGCUCAGGUACCAUUGGGAGUAGGUAUUGCAUUAGCUGCUAGAUACAAAGGUACUGAUGGUGUAUGUGUUGCCCUUUACGGUGACGGUGCUGCUAACCAAGGGCAAGUAUUUGAAGUCUACAACAUGGCAAAAUUAUGGAAUCUUCCUUGUAUUUUUGUAUGUGAAAACAACGGUUAUGGUAUGGGAACCAGUUCAGAAAGAGCAGCUGCUAGUACUAAUUACUAUUCUAGAGGAGAUUACAUCCCUGGUAUAUGGGUAGAUGGUAUGGAUGUUUUAGCAGUGAGGGAAUGCUUCAGGUUUUCAGUGGAUUAUGCCGGUAGUGGUAAAGGACCACUUGUUAUUGAAGCCGCAACUUACAGAUAUUCCGGUCAUUCCAUGUCAGAUCCAGGUACUAGUUACAGAACAAGAGACGAAAUCCAAGAAGUACGACAAACUAGAGAUCCAAUAACUUCUUUUAAAGAAAAAAUUAUUUCGGCUAAUUUAGUAACAGCCGAUGAAAUAAAAAAAAUCGACGGGGAAAUUAGAUCGCAAGUUGAUGAAGCUACAAAACAAGCGAAAGUUGACGCGGAAAUUGGUUUAGAUGAACUACCGGCUGAUGUAUAUUCGCAAAGUUUAGAACCAAAAAUUAGGAACAUCGAUCCAUUCAAACCCCUUGUACAUAAACGAUUAGGCGCAGCCGUUAAUAUAUAAACGAAAUAAUAAGAAAAAAAAUCACAAGAUUGACAUAUUUCCUUAUUUUUAUUGAAAAAUUGUUGAUAUAUUUGCGAAGAAGUUAAAAGGAUUAUUUAUUCAUUAACAUACCAGUAAGAUUUUAAGUAGUGAAUAAUUAUCGCAUCAAAUUUAGUUUAGGAUUAAAACCAAAUAAGUAUAGGAACUAUGUACUAAAAAAAUUGAACAAACUUCAUAAUUAUUGUGAAUGUAUAUUUUAGUGUUUUUGUACUACAACCCAGCGUUUCUUAAAAAUUCUUCUAAGGAGUUUUAUAUUAAUAAAAUGAGUUGUAAAAGAUAUUCUACUUACCAACUACAAAUAAUAAACCAAUUUGAGCAG